AUGCUGGAUGGACACCUACUCCUGGGAUGGUUAUCGUUCACAGUCAUAGUGUAUCUUCUCAACUUGCCUGGACCAACCGCAGCGUAUUUCGGGUUGACGGGUAAUGAGCCGUUGUCCAUCCUGCCGCUGAACUCUCUACCGGAGGAGAACGUGGGCAGGGCCCACUACAAGCUGUGCGACCGGCUCAAACUGGAGAAGAAGCAGCGCAGGAUGUGCAGACGAGACCCGGGCGUGGCGGAGACCCUGAGAGAGGCCAUCACCAUGAGCGCCCUAGAAUGCCAGUACCAAUUCCGCUUCGAGAGGUGGAACUGCACCUUAGAGGGGCGCCACCGAGCCAACAUAUUAAAAAGAGGAUUUAAAGAGACAGCGUUCUUGUACGCCAUCUCCUCGGCCGGCCUGACCCACGCCAUGGCUAAAGCGUGCAGCGCGGGACGCAUGGAGCGCUGCACGUGCGACGAGGCCCCGGACCUGGAGAACCGCAAGGCGUGGCAGUGGGGAGGCUGCGGGGACAACCUGAAAUACGCAAACAAGUUCGUCAAGGACUUCCUGGGCAAACGCUCCAACAAGGACCUGCGUGCACGCGUGGACAUGCACAACACGAACGUGGGCAUGAAGGUGAUCAAGGCCGGAGUGGAGACCACCUGCAAGUGCCACGGCGUCUCCGGCUCCUGCACCGUGCAGACCUGCUGGAGGCAGCUCCUGCCCUUCCACGAGAUCGGCAAGCAGCUGAAGCAGCGCUACGAGACCUCCGUCAAGGUCGGCAGCUCCACCAACGAGGCCACGGGGGAGGGCGAGAUCUCUACGGGCCGGAGCCAGCAGCAGCAACCGCAACCGCAACAGCAGCAACAACAACAGCAGCAACCGCAGCAGCAGCAGCAGCAGCAACAACAACAGCAACCACAGCAACAGCAACAACCACAGCAGCAGCAGCAGCAGCAGCCCCUGCCGGGCCUGAGCGAUCAGAUCCCUCGCACUAUGGACCUGCUCCACAUCGAGGACUCGCCCAGUUUCUGCAGACCCAGCAAGUACUCGCCGGGCACGGCGGCGCGCAAGUGCUACAAGGACAAGAACUGCGACGCCAUCUGCUGCGGCCGAGGCCACAACACUCAGAGCAGGGAGGUGACCCGGCCCUGCCAGUGCCAGGUGCGCUGGUGCUGCUACGUCGAAUGCAAGCAGUGCACGCAGAGGGAGGAGGUCUACACCUGCAAAGGGUGA